AGUUUUGUUUAUUGUCUGGCCGAAUUUUCUUUUGUGAAUGGAAUGUGUUCUCCAUCACACAUUUGGUAUAUUUUCGCUGAAACAAAAAGCCCUUCCAAGUGAUAAACGUAAAAUAGUCAGAAACGUGUUGUUAUCGGGGUUCGAUGAUAUUUAUGUUUCGGUAAUCUGUUAAAGCAAACAGUUAUCGUGUCGCGUUGAUGCCGGUUGAAGAGAAAUUAAUUGAAAAUGUUGUCGUGUUGUUUCGAAUAUUUUAAGACAUUUUCCGUAUUUGUUGUUGUCAUUCAAGUGGUCUUCGGAGUAUUCCGAUGGUUAUAUGGAAAUGUGAUAGGACCAACGUUCCUCGAACCAAUAAACCUUCGUCAUUACGGAGAUUGGGCGUUGGUGACAGGAGCGACUGAUGGUAUCGGCAAGCAAUAUGCGAGAUCACUAGCGAAGCGCGGAUUCAAUAUUGUUCUUGUGUCACGUACACUGAGUAAACUGGAAAGUGUUGCUAAAGAAAUUUCGGAAAAUUUCAAUGUCCAAACUCAGGUCAUUGCUGUGGAUUUCCUAUCUGGUCCGGAAAUUUACGAUCAAAUCAAACAACAAAUUGCGGGAAAAGAAAUUGGUGUGCUGAUUAACAAUGUCGGAAUGUUCCACACAGCACCCGAUUACUUCCUUAACAUACCGGAUCGUGAGAAAUUAAUCCAGGAUAUUAUCAAGUGUAACAUCACUUCCGUGCCGAUGAUGUGCAGUAUAAUCUUGCCACAAAUGGUUCAACGUAAAAGUGGUCUCAUUAUCAAUAUAUCAUCUUUGGCAUCUGUGGCUCCUGGUGCCUGCCUUACACUUUACGCAGCUUCGAAAGCUUACGUCACAAAAUUUUCGAAUGAUUUGGGAGCUGAAUAUGGAGACCAGGGAAUCAAUGUACAGGUAUUGGUUACUGGAGGUGUUGCAACAAAAAUGAACAGACUAAGUGAUUCGAUGGGAGGUGAUAGUUUCACAACACCGCCACCUAGCGUUUACGUAGAGUCAGCCCUUCGCUAUGUGGGCUAUGCUCGUCAAACGACUGGCUAUCUUCCUCAUUCACUGUUGUUAAUAUCGUCACAAUUGAUGAACUUCAUUGCACCAUCAUUUACAGAACGCAUGGGCAAGAAGCUCAUGCAUGUCGUUCGUGACAAAGAAAUCAAGAGUGGGUAUUAUACUCCAGCGAAGUAAAGCUCACUAUUUAGAUAAUUUUGUCGAAACCGUAGUACUAAGACACAAUAAAAAAUGUUUUUUGAUGUGGAAGUAUGUAGAGGCUCUUUAUUUACGUCC